AUGUCCUCUCCAUUACUCAAACGACUCAACGUUGCACUAUUACAAUUUGCAGCAUCCCCUAUUAAAAAUGAAAACUUCAUAAAAGUUGAAUCCCUUGUUACCAAAGCUCUUCAAAACAAACCAAAUUUAGAUCUUAUUAUCCUACCAGAAUGUUUUAAUUCACCUUAUUCAAUCAAAUUAUUCAAGAAAUAUGGUGAACAAAUCCCAUCAGGUGAAACUACACAAUUCCUAUCUCAAUUAUCCCUAAAGAACAAAAUCAACAUCAUUGGUGGUUCAUAUCCUGAACAUCAUGAAGAUAAGAUCUAUAACACAUCAACAGUAUUCAACACUCAGGGUGAAUUAAUCGCAAAACAUAGGAAAGCUCAUUUAUUCAACAUAGAUAUCCCUAACAAAAUAACAUUCCAAGAAUCCCGUGUUCUUGAUGCUGGUAACAAGGCCACCCUGUUUGAAUUACCAUCAUUUGGUAAAAUUGGUUUAGGGAUUUGUUAUGAUGUUAGAUUCCCUGAACUUUCAAUGACUUGUGCUCGUAAAGGUGCAUUUGCCAUGGUUUUCCCAAGUGCUUUUAAUACUACUACGGGUCCAUUACACUGGGAAACUUUAGCAAGAUCAAGGGCUAUUGAUAAUCAGGUUUAUGUGGUGAUGUGUUCACCUGCUCGUGAUUUAAAUGCUAAAUAUCAUGCGUAUGGACAUUCUCUUGUGGUGGAUCCAAUGGGUAAAAUCGUUGUUGAAGCUGGUACUGAAGAAGAGAUCUUGUAUUGGGAAAUGGAUCCUGAGGUGAUAAACAGUACUAGACAAGGGAUUCCAAUUGAUGGACAAAGAAGAUUUGAUAUUUAUCAAGAUGUUAGUGAAACCACUAAAAUUGGUGAUGUUUGA